GGUACACAUUCGCUGAUUGACUGUGGAUGACAACAGACAACAAAAUCACAGCUGCCAUAGUAUUUAGGUACCCGAGAUCUCAAAUUCUUUGAUUGUUCAAAUUCUGUCGGUACAUAAGUUGAAAAGAUGGAACGUUGAGGCUCAUCGCUUUUGGUAGUUGUGUAUGUGAGUGGUUAGUAUAAGGCCGUGGGGUACUAUUUAUUUUGUAUUGAACAACUUCAGUGGUUUGUUCAAUCAUCAUGGAUGGUAAUAAGGAUGAAGCGCUGAAAUGUGUUGGCAUUGCUAAAGAGGCGAUUGUGUCCGGUAAUAAGGAGCGUGCUCUGAAGUUUAUUGGCAUUGCACAACGGCUAAACCAUCAUUUAUGUGUGGAUGAUCUUUUGGCAGCAUGUGGAAAACUUGAUUCUGCAAAUCCCGGUCCAUCAAAUGGUAAAAGUCAUGCUGCAAGUAAGCCUGUCAAUGCCAAGCAGGUUGAGGGUAUGAAUGGAGAGCCAAAUUAUACAGAGGAACAUGUUCAGUUGGUGAGUAAACUUAGAAGAAACACCGAUUAUUAUGAGAUUCUCGGUGUUGGAAAGAGUUGUUCUGUUGAGGAGAUUAGGAGGGCCUAUAGGAAGUUAUCAUUGAAGGUUCAUCCUGAUAAGAAUAAAGCACCUGGAUCUGAGGAGGCAUUUAAGAAAGUUAGCAAGGCAUUUAUGUGUCUGAGCGAUGAGACCUCCAGGAGACAGUAUGAUCAAACAGGUUUGGCUGAUGGCGAUGAGUAUAGCCAGCAGUAUAAUGUUAGGCGACGGAGAAGGAGAACAGGACAAAGCAUGUUUGAAGAUGAAUUUGAUGCUGAUGAGAUCUUUAGGUCGUUCUUUGGUCAAAGUGACAUGUUUCACACAGCUCGUGCUUACAGGACCAGACAGGCAGGUGGCCAGCCUAGGGAGGAUGCUGGUGGAACGGGGCCUAAUUUGAUGCUGCUUCUUCAGCUAUUACCAUUUCUGCUAAUCAUAUUGCUUGCGUGUCUUCCAUUCUCAGAGCCUGAAUAUGCAUUACAAAGGAACUAUACUUAUCAGUUCCCGAAGAUGACCAAGGAAUAUGGAGUGGAGUUUUAUGUUAGAUCCUCUGACUUUGAUCAGAAAUAUCCUCUUGGAACUCCUGCACGAGCUAAUAUUGAGAACAGUGUCAUCAGAGAUUACAAAAAUAUGCUUUGGCGUUAUUGCCAUGUUGAAGUCCAGAGGCGUUCAUGGAGCAGAAACUUGCCAACUCCUCACUGUGACAAGCUUGAAAGCUUAGGAGGAAUCACAGCAUGAAGGGCAUAUUUGGAGUAGGCAGAUAAAUGCAAGAAAGAAGCUGGUGAAUUCUUUUUCAAGACUUGGGCUCUCAAAAGUUGGGGUUCGUUUUAUAUAUCAGCGAGCGUUUGCUCAAGGUUUGGUUUUAGCAUGGAUGUUAGGUAGCUAGCAUGGCAUUUGUGCUUGGUAUGUAAAGAUUAUGUUGCUAACUGAGGAAGGGAUUAGAUUUUCAAAAAAAAAUAUUAUGAGAGAACAGAAUAUAGCGUUUUCAAAAUAAAUGUCCUUAGGUUGGAAUUGGAUUAUCAA